UCACAGAGCAACACUCAGCAUCAAUGGGGCACCACGCAUCAAGCAUGGGUCACCACCAUCAUUAUCACACAACCAGCCCACACGGCAAUUCUUUCAGCCAAGCUCCGUCUCAAUACAGUCACAUCCAGUACACUCCCAACCACGGAUACAGUCACGACGAACGUGACAUGCUGCGUCGGGUUGAGUCGGUGCGGCAGCAGCGUGAGGGGGACAGCCAGCCCCCGCCGCUCUUCACUGCUGUGGCUGCCGCUGCUGCGUCAGGCGAAUCCUUUGUCCUCGACGUCCCUCUCAGACGGACAACUGCUGCUGCUGCUACAGAUGCUGCUACAGAAGCUGCUACAGCUGGUUACACACCUGCUGCUGCUGCUACAACCGGAGCAGCCAGACUGCAAGCCCAGGGGAGGCGGAGGUGGAGCAGGAGGCACCGCACGGUGAUCAUCGGGCCAGUCUCCCUGCAAUGGGCCGCUAUAGCCGCAGGGUACCAGCUGUCUCAGAAGCGCCCAAAAGGCCCCUGCAGUAUGUGGCUCAAGAGAGUCUUCAUAGUCAGAGUGAAGUCUGCUGCUGAUUUCGCAGCCAGGGCCUCUCUCCCGCCCACCGCCACCGUUAUUCUGCAUUUACAGAAGGAUUUGAUGCUGCAUAGAGGGGUUUUGUUCGGGAGGCAGCAGUCUUGCACGAUACUCAUGUCGGCAAAAUGGCCCGGUUACACGCUGACGGGUGGUAACCCUAUGUAUCCGGUGCUGCGCGUGUGGAACACGAGUAACGUCAUGUCGUUGAACGUGAACUAUCGCCUGCCGGUGACGGAGAGCAGCCCCGAGUGCACCACCGUGCCCGAGCUCGGCAAAGGCGUCACCUGCCCCGCCAUCUCUAUCCAUCGGUCCUACGGCGUGCAGAUUGGCAAGAGCAACAUCUUUGGGCGAGUGGACGUGCUACGCAGCAUGGACGUGCGGCUGGACUCACUCUCGGUCACCGGAGUGGCUUCCUUUAUCAAGUCGCCUGGGGUGAUCCGAGUGGCCCUGUGUGGGUACGGGCCGGGACUUCUCAAAUCCAACAUUGUCAUCUCCAACAAUGAGGUGUACGGGGUGAACACUCCGAUCCUCUUGCACAAGGGAGCAGUUGGAGUAACCGUCAGGAACAACUACGUGCACGACUUCAUAUUCGCAGGGAUCAAGUGCGGUGCCGACGUGCAUUACAGCUUUGCCUGCAUGCUCGCGCGCAUCAACUCCAACCUUGUCGUUUCCUCUGGAAGGAAUCUCAACGGGGAUCAUGACUCGGCGGGGAUCUACUUCUACACGCACUGGUUCAGCCCGGGGAACUCGGCGCUGUGCAACUACGUGUUCAACGGCGACCACUGCUACUAUCUGGACCAUUGCACGUCGGGCGUGCUUGUCAGGGGAGGCGCGUGCGUGAAUACGUAUGACGGCAUGAAAGUGAACAACGGCAAGCGGAACGUGAUCGAGAACGUGGCGAUGAAAGGCACGCGGGGGUCGCUGGGAUGGACGUCGUGCUUCACAGUGACCGUCAACAACUGCCUCAAAGACCCAGGGAACUACUGGGAGGCCAUGCGCGUGAAAUACUACAACAGCGCCCGCAUCAACCGGCUAAUGUAUUCUUUUCCUUACCUCCCCCUUCGUCUCCCUUCUCUCCUCUCCUCUCUCCCCUCCCUCUCUCCCGUCUCUCCCAUCUCCUCUCUCUUUUCCCCCCCUCGUUAUUAUGCUUACCCCCAGGCAGCGGGUCCACUGACUACUAAGGCAUUAUCACCUCCCUUUGACAUGCCCUCCCUCUCUGCUAUCAUUCACAAUCUUCCCCACCCCACUCACCUCCUCCCACCCCACUCACCUCCUCCCACCCCACUCACCUCCUCCCACCCCACUCACCUCCUCCCACCCCACUCACCUCCUCCCACCCCACUCACCUCCUCCCACCCCACUCACCUCCUCCCAACCCACUCACCUCCUCCCAUUCCACUCAUCUCCUCCCACCCCACUCACCUCCCCCCACCCCAAUCAUCUCCUCCCACCCCACUCAUCUCCUCCCACCCCACUCACCUCCUCCCACCCCACUCAACUCCUUCCACCCCACUCACCUCCUCCCACCCCAAUCAUCUCCUCCCACCCCACUCAUCUCCUCCCACCCCACUCAUCUCCUCCCACCCCACUCAUCUCCUCCCACCCCACUCACCUCCUCCCACCCCAAUCAUCUCCUCCCACCCCACUCAUCUCCUCCCACCCCACUCAUCUCCUCCCACCCCACUCAUCUCCUCCCACCCCACUCAUCUCCUCCCACCCCACUCAUCUCCUCCCACCCCACUCAUCUCCUCCCACCCCACUCAUCUCCUCCCACCCCACUCAUCUCCUCCCACCCCACUCAUCUCCUCCCACCCCACUCAUCUCCUCCCACCCCACUCACCUCCUCCCACCCCACUCACCUCCUCCAGUAGUGCCCCGUCCAUUCUUCCUACCCUCUCCAACCGUCAGCUGCUCAUUCUUUCAACGCUGUCGUGCUAUGCCCAUCACCUCACCUCAUCUCAAAUGCUUUCAUCCGUCCAGUGUAUGAACCAACUUUCCCCCUCCACCUCAGGUCCUCCUCCUCUGCCCGCCAUCACCCUCUCGUCUGCUCCCACACCAUACCAGCCAAGCAGCAACACUGUUGUCAUCGCAUCUCCAGGCAGAAUCCUUCCCUCUCUUCCACAUCACCUACACUGA